ACGACGAACAACGUAGCAUCAGUGGUAGCAGCAGCAGCAGCAGCAGCAGCAGCAGCAGCCGCGGCAGCAGCAGCAGCAGCAGCAGCAGCAGCAGCACUAGCUACAACACCAGCAACUACACUAUCAGCAGCAACACACCGGCGCCUCUUGUUCCGGCUGGUGUGUGCCGCAGUAGCGGCCGCCGCUUCUCUGGCCGAGUAUAGAUUUUCAAUUAGUGCAACCCGAAGGAACGUGGAUAACGAUGUGCCGGGGUGACGACACCUGCUGACCACCUCGAAGGUCGCCGUCCGCGCGGGUCGUCCUUCCUCCGUCGUCGGUUGUCAGUGCGUCCGAACGAUCCUCGGAGUUUUCGCAGAGACCGUCGCACCCGCCGUCGCCUCCGCGGGGGGAGGGGUCCUCGGGGACACAGACGGACAUAGAGAGAGAGAAAGAGAAAGAUAGAGCGAGAGAGAGAGAGAAAGAGAUCGAUCCCUCGUUCCUCGUCGUGUGCGUGAACAGUGUGCUACCGUAGCUCCGCUAGCUCGUCCGAACACCAUGGUUGACCAGUGACACCGUUCACCGCUGCGAACAGGAUACCCCGGUGGGAGAGAUACCCCGUCACCCGUCGUCCAUGGUGGAUGGCCGAAGGAUCAGCGAGGAUGGCGCAGCUCCGGACGAUACACAGGACCCUGCUGUCCAGGCUGGCGGCACUCUACGUGCUCAUGCUGCACUCAGGCGUGGUGGCCCUUCGAAUGACGGCCCUGCAGAUCCCGCAGCACGUGGUGCUGAAUGAAACGGUCCGGAUGCAGUGUAACUUCAACCUGGACGACGAGAAACUCUACUCCGUGAAAUGGUACAAAGAUGGCCACGAGUUUUACCGUUUCGUGCCCCAGGACAACCCAAGGGUGCAGACGUUUCUGGUGCCAGGGGUGAAUGUAAACACGGACAACUCCACGGAGAAAUCGGUGGUGCUGAAGAACGUGAACCUAACCAGCUCGGGGAGGUAUCGUUGCGAGGUGUCAGCGGAGGCUCCGGCGUUCCAAACGGUCUCGGAUCACGCGGACAUGACGGUCGUCGUGCUGCCUGACGAGGGGCCACGGAUAACCGGCGGACGUUCGCGCUACCAAGUUGGGGAGGUUGUUCGUAUGAACUGCACGUCCGCACCCUCGAAACCCGCUGCCCUGUUGACUUGGUUCAUCAACGGCGACCCGGCUGAUACCCAGUACCUGAAGGGGCCGCACAUAACCGCGGUGGACGAGAAGGGCCUGGAGACCGCGGUAUUGGGCUUGGAGUUCCGUGUCGCCAACAAACACUUCAAGCGGGGCGACAUGAAGCUAAAGUGCUUGGCGACAAUAGCGACCGUCUACUUGCAGAGCAACGAGGAGAGCGUGGAGGGGGACGAGAGGAUCCUGAAAGCACCUGUAAUGGAGAGCCGCGAGACCAGGGCGCAGAGCCAUACUCGCAACGACUUAACCAACGGAAGCAGAACGCCAACGUCGCCGACCUCGAUGCUGAUCAUGGCCCCGAUCACCUGGCUGGUUCUCGGCCGAUAAUAACACAUUUUUCCACGUCGCUUCCUACGAGUGUAAGACGAGUACAUUAGGAGAAUCUCGUUCCCAUCGUAUCUAAAUACCUAACAGUUAAGCCGCGUAAUCAUAAUUAAAUAUCAUAUCGAUAAAGAAUGAGAAGAAGAUGAAAAAAGAAAAGAAGGCGAAAGAAGAGAUGAGAAAAGAGAAAUGGUAAGGCCGGCCAUCAUCGUCCGCGUACAAACACAUUGGCGGGUCCAGCGAACCGGUUCCCGGACACGUCUUCUCGCGCAUCGUUCGUUUCCGCCACGGGACAAUGACACUUUUUUACUGUUUUUACCAUCGAGGACCGACGGCAGUGCCAAACGAAAGCUCCGCGGCCUGAUCAAGAACCAUAUUUCCGGAGUGUCCGCGUGUCGGGCACGGCCCUCGGUUGGCGGACCAUUUUUUAUCAAUUUUUCACUCGAUAUAUUUUCCGAUCGAACGAACUUGAUUUUCCUGCCAAAAUUGAUUCUCGCGAUCCGCAUUCGAUUCGAUAUAAACGGUUGAUUUGACUACUGCGGGUGAUUUUAGCGACAGCAACCCGACCGACAACCGACGCGUCGGAAAAACCAUAAGCGGGGGAGAAAGUGCCGCGGAGUUCGGACUAUACGCUGCCGCCGGUCCGUUAAGGGGGGAAA